GGAGGGCCUGAGAUUUCUCUUCCUAAUUUCUUGAGUGCCUCUAGAAAUUCUACACAUUUAUGCAAAGAACGCUCGAUAUGGCUAAAGCAGGGGAUUGUUUAUCUCGUGAAAAAAGAGUGCAAGAAAAAUAUAAGCGUAGAAAAGAUGGUUUGAAUGAUGUUAAGAAAGUAGCAAAAGCAAGAUCUGCGAGAAGAGUGAAGAAACCGUGUCUUCAUGGAAAAGUUUCUCAAAAAAGAAAAGCCUCCGGUCAGAUUAGUAUGAAUGAAUUUGAUUGGACCGAUACGAUUAAAGAAUGCCCAGUAUAUCGUCCAUCUAAGGAAGAGUUUGAGGAUCCCUUGGUUUAUGUGCAGAAAAUUGCUCCUGAAGCAUCAAAAUAUGGCAUUUGUAAGAUUGUCUCUCCCUUAGGAUCUUCUUCUCCAGCUGGAGUAGUGUUGAUGAAAGAGCAAAAACGUUUUAAGUUUACCACUAAGCUUCAACCUCUGCGACUUGCUGAAUGGAAUAACAACGAUAAGAUCACCUUCUUCUUGAGAGGAAGAAAUUAUACUAUUCGUGAUUUUGAGAUAAUGGCAAACAAGGCAACUGCUCGAAGAUACUGUAUAUCUGGAUGCCUUCCUCCAGCAUAUGUGGAAAAGGAAUUCUGGAAUGAAAUGACACUUGCAAAGACAGGAAUGGUUGAGUAUGGAAUUAAUAUAGAUGGAAGUGCCUUCUCAAGCACUUUCACUGAUCCUCUUGGAAGUAGCAAAUGGAAUUUCAAGAUACUUCCUCGGCUGCAAAGAUCCGCAUUACGCUUGCUUGAUGCUGAAAUCCCGGGAGUAACAGACCCCAUGCUGUACAUUGGGAUGCUAUUUAGUAUGUUCGCUUGGCAUGUAGAGGAUCAUUAUCUCUAUAGCAUUAACUAUCAUCACUGUGGGGCGGCCAAAACUUGGUAUGGGGUUCCUGGUCAUGAAGCUCUUCGGUUUGAGAAUUUUAUUCAGCAUCGUGUUUAUAAUGAGGAAAUCCUAUCAGAAAAUGGGGUCAAUGGAGUAUUUAAUAUUCUUCAAGAAAGAACAACAAUGGUUUCUCCAAAGAUUCUGUUGCAAUAUGGUGUCCCGGUUUACAAGGCUGUGCAAAUGCCAGGAGAGUUUGUUAUUACCUUCCCUAGAGCAUACCAUUCAGGAUUUAGUCAUGGCUUUAACUGUGGUGAGGCCGUGAAUUUUGCAAUUGGUGAAUGGUUCCCAUUUGGGGCUGCAGCUAGUGAACGUUAUGCUCUUCUCGGCAAGGUGCCAAUUAUUCCUUAUGAAGAGCUCCUCUGUGCAGAAGCAAUGCUUCUCUCAAAGUCUUUAGUUCAGAGACCUUAUUGCACAGCAGAUUCAAUCGAUGUCCGUUGUGUAAUGACUUCAUUUUCAUGCCUAUUGAGAUCAUACCACUGUGCCCGCUGGUGCUUGCAGAAGUUGAAAACUUCUCUUAGAAUGUGCUCAAAACUUCGAGGGUCAUUUACCUGCAUCCUCUGCAAACGACUCUGUUAUGUGGCAUACCUUGAGUGCAAAUGUUACGCUGGUCCCAUAUGCCUUUUUCAUGAUUUUGAAACUUUUAACUGUCUGUGUGGAAGUAGCUGCAGCCUCUUUGUUACUGAGGACAUUUCAAAAAUGGAAGCUGUUGCACAGAUGUUUGAGGCUGAGGAAGGGAUGCAUUGUGAGGUUGAGAAGAAAAUGAAGUCUCUGCCUUUCUUGUGGAUGCAAACCUUAUUUCCGCACAUACAAAGAAAAUAUCAUCCGUAUUGUGAGAUAAUGUCAAGUAGUACUCAAAAUGUUGACGCUGGUAUAAAGAUGUCCACGAUUAGAAGAUCAUCUGCUCAAGGCAAGCAAAUGAGGGAUAAGAAGAAAAAAGAGAAUCAAUGGAGCUUGACGAGGAAGGAACGUAUCCCAAGAGCGCGCUGUGCUUGUCAACUGCAAGAAAACGACAUCAUGAAAAGAAAGUCUCAAAGACAUAGGUGACUUCAAAUGAGAGCCAUCAAGUUCCACUAACCUCAAUGUAAAGAAAUCAACUAAUUAUAUGCCUUUUCUGUUUGGUCCAAACAUGGAAGGGAAAAUAUUAGUAGUAUAUUGUAACUCUUUAACUAUUGAUAUGUGCAGCUCAAAUUCACUAGUUUAUAGUAUAAUUUUCCAGGCCCAUGCCUUAAAUUUCUUGCUUCUCUUUAGUCCAUAUUUAAGAGAACUCGAUUACUUCAUAGUUGAACUACGACAUAGUCAGCAGCGGCGGAUUUAAACCCCCUUCGCUGCCUGCAAAAUUACAUUGUACAUACAAA